UCGGCUUGUAUUUUAAAUAGGAUGCACUUUGUCUUGUGAUGACAGGUGAAUCCAGGGAUCUGACCGUCCGUGCCACGCAUGCACCGCUGGAGCGCACGAAUCCAGUCGCACCGCCCUCCUGUCCGCCUGCUGCUGCCGGGAGGAGCGGAGGAGAGAGCAGACCGGAGCGCAGCAUCAACACUCACGGUACCGUCGGGAUGUGGCAGCGGUCUCGACAGCUAGAAAUGCCCCGUGAAAAUCUCAAAGUUUGUCUCCUGUGAGAGCGGAAGACAAAGAAGACAGAUAAAGGCGCGCAGAGACACAGAGACAGAGACAGAGGGAGAGACACAUCGCGCGGAGCUGCAUCAGCCGCCGCAGAAAUUUCCAGCGGUGCCUUCCCCGCCUGCUGCCCGGCUCUGUCGCUCCUGAUCGAGGAGCGCGUCGGAGCCGGUGUCCGAGCCGAUCUAACGGUCAGGAGACGAGAAGGAGGGACAGAGGAGGCAGCCCACUCCUCCAGACAUCCUCCCCUCUGCGUCUGGACCCCCGCAGUGUCCGCCGAUGUGGAGCUGACACAGUGGAGCGAGUCCGGACGUAUGAAGCCAAAGUUCCUACAGAUCUCAAAGGAAUGCAGCGAGACACAUUAUUAAUGUCAAGCCUGGAAGACCCCUGCCACUUUGAUGUGUGAGCACACCCACCAAUAAUGGCCCAUAGGAUACGCAGUGGAAAUACAGCCGAGGCAGACGUGUUCAUGUUCCCCGUUCAGGUCAACCUGCAGACUCUCUCCCACAAACACAUCUGACUUUUACAAGAAACAUAAUAACCUCCAGCUCACUGUGACGUCAAGGAUUGAUGGGCAAAAGAUUUCCAGCUGAGAGCCAUUUCAAAACCCCGAGGCGCUACUGGUGGUGUGAAAUAACCAGAUCCCAGUGAGAGCCUGUACAGCAUGAGGCUGGUGUGGAAAUCCCUGGACAAGAUGAGGUGUCUGAGGAAACGCUCCACCAUCCCCUUCCUCGGCUUCCUCAUCACCUUCCUCCUCUUCCUCAACCUCUACAUUGAAGAUGGCUACGUGCUGGAAGGUGAUAAAAGGCAGCUUCGGGAAACAUCGGUCCACCCUUCCAGCUCAGAGCGAUACGUUCACACCUUCAGAGACCUGAGUAAUUUCUCUGGAACCAUUAACGUCACCUAUCGUUAUCUGGCUGGUACCCCACUGAACCGCAAGAAGUAUCUCACCAUUGGACUGUCAUCAGUCAAAAGAAAAAGAGGGAACUACCUUCUGGAGACGAUCAAAUCCAUCUUUGAUCAGUCCAGUUACGAGGAGCUCAAAGAGAUUGUGGUCGUGGUCCACCUGGCAGACUUUGACCUGGUCUGGUGUGAGAACCUGGUGCAGGAAAUCACCAGGAAGUUUGCCCACCACAUCAUAGCUGGACGCCUCCUGGUGAUCCAGGCUCCAGAGGAGUACUAUCCAUCUCUGGACGGCUUAAAAAGGAACUACAACGACCCGGAGGACCGGGUCCGUUUCCGCUCCAAGCAGAACGUGGACUACGCUUUCCUCCUCAACUUCUGCACCAACCUCUCCCACUUCUACAUGAUGUUGGAGGACGAUGUGCGCUGCUCCAGGAACUUCCUGACGGCGCUGAAGAAGGUGAUCACCUCCAGAGAAGGUUCCUACUGGGUGAUGCUGGAGUUCUCCAAGCUGGGCUACAUCGGGAAGCUGUACCACUCCAGAGACCUGCCACGACUGGCUCAUUUCCUCCUCAUGUUCUACCAGGAAAUGCCCUGCGACUGGCUCCUCAUCCACUUCAGGGGUCUGCUGGCCCAGAAGGACGUGAUCCGCUUCAAGCCCUCGCUGUUCCAGCACAUGGGCUACUACUCCUCCUACAAAGGAGCGGAGAACAAGCUGAAGGACGACGACUUUGAGGAAGACUCCAUAGACAUUCCUGACAACCCUCCUGCCAGCCUUUACACAAACAUCAACGUCUUUGAGAACUAUGACGCCACCAAGGCUUACAGCACUGUUGAUGAAUAUUUCUGGGGGAAGCCUCCGUCCACAGGAGACUUCUUUGUCAUAGUCUUUAAUAAAUCUACCAAAAUUAGUAAAAUCAAGAUUGCCACUGGCUCUGACGACCGUCAGAAUGACAUUCUUCACCACGGAGCUCUGGAGGUAGGAGAGAAACUAGUUGGGACUAAAAAAGGGAAACAGUGUUCCUCCUAUAUCACUUUAGGGGAGUUUAAAAAUGGCAACAUAGAGGUUCAAGACGUAGACCACAAAAUUGCCUUUGACAUUGAGUGUGUUCGCAUCGUGGUGACGGCCAGUCAGAAAGAAUGGCUCAUUAUUAGGAGUAUAAGUUUAUGGACUACACAACCCCCCAGCCAAUAAGGACUACACACAAAGACUCUUAGUGUGUCAUAGAGGCAAAUGUUUUUAUUAUUACUAUUAUUUAGUAAUGUAUGUAUUUCAGGUUUAUUUAUUCAUUUUGUAUGUAUUUAUUGAUACUCAUUUUGAUUGCCAAAUCAAUCUAUAGUUUUUAUACCUGCAAGUUGUAACCUUAGUGGAGCAUCUUCCCAGUCAGUCAUUCUAAAGGACUGUUCAGCUGACCUCAGAGUAUUCAUGAACAUAUGUUUUAUUAAAUGUUCCAUAAGCUUUUAUUUAUUUCAGAUUUUGAUCCUUAACACAGGGCUGGGCGAUGAUUCAGCGUUUGGUAUUAUAACAAUAUAAUCAUAUUGUGUUGUGAUUUUACAGAGGUUUUCUGUCAAGGAUGAGGCUCACAAUAUUAUCAACCCAUUCUCAUUCGUGGAGCGUCAAAAACUGAUGCUUUGUCACGGCACUCAGCUUGCAAUAUCAAUGCAGCCUUUGGCGUCUUUAUGAGACACACUGGGCUUUCAUCUAACUCCAAUGUAAACCCGUCUAUAACAGCGCUGAGAGCAACUGAUGUAGGAUAAAAAUGGACAAAGUCCACGUAGGGUGAGUUUCAGGGGAAGUAGAUGGAUCAAACAAAGCUGAACUUUUAUCAAUCCACUCAGUGCUACUCAAAGUCAACGAUGCUUCCUUAGUAGGACAGGUCCUUCCAAAAUGGGUCCUACAUAGGCUAGACAAGACUCCUUUCUAGCAUUCAAUCAACACACAUUAGAACAGGCUAGUAGGUGCCCAGGUGUGUGUCAGUGAAGAGGCCCCACCUUCAGUACUAGCAAAUUGUGUGCAAAGAAGUCACGCCAACUGAGAAUACACACAUGCAUCCUUGAACAUUCUUUGAAGGAAGGACUCGGUCAUUGGUAGAAUGUGAAGGAUCCUUGACACUGGAACAGUACUUCAACGGGAUUCGAUGACAUAGCCUCCUUGAAAUUCAGCCGUUUGAAGUUCCUUUCCUGACUUUGAGAAGCAGUGCGGUUUGUGUCUGGUGUGAAACCAAAAGUCAGUGUUGUCAGUUGGUUCAUGCUUGUUUUUUGGGUGACAACAAAUACCUGUAAGGACAGAACAAAGCACACAGGUAAUUAAUGCCAUCUUGCUGCUGUUUACUUCUGUUGUGCAACCCCCUCCAUUGAUGACAUAUCCUUGAUGACAAUGGUUCUGCUCAAAAAUGUUGGAGACACAGGCUGGUUCACAGGAUAGCACAGAGGUUCCAAGAGUCUUGAACAAAACUGGUUCGAGAAUCAUAGCUAAUUUGGUGGAAACGGUGUAAUAGAGAUAAUAAAGGGUUCCCUGUGCAUCAAUAUGAGACCCCAGGGGCAUGACAAAGCACUGGAUAUUUGACAACCUGAGAAUUAGAAUGGGUUGAUAUUCUUUAUUUUUCUCACAGUCAACAAAUCCAAUGAAAAGACCAACAAUGAAUUGAUCCCACAAACAGGUCUGUCGCCAGAGCCUGAUAUAUCUUAUUCCUCUGUGCCAUUGAGCUCCAUUGUUGCCCAAAAACUAUUAAAAGCAGUGAGCCAUAUGGUUUCAUUGGAUGUUACUUCAUUUCAAUAAACUUAGGCACUGUAGUUCAUUUUGAGUUGAGCCCACACACACCGUCCUGCUGCUGUAAAUACUCACCAGAGCACCAAAUGAGUAUUAAUCCGCAGCUGAAAAUAGUUUUCAGUAGGAGUGAAUGGACUUGGGGCUGAGAGCCACAGACUGGGUGGGGAAGUCAGAGACUACUGAGAGAUGGACUAACACAUUUUGGUUUUGUUCUUUUCAUGUGGUUUGUUGACAGUAACAAAAAUAUAGAAUCACACCAGCCUCAUCCUUUAAUGGUUCCAAUGAAAAUGGAAAGUUAGUUAAAGCUGGGGUAGGCAUAAAUCUGGAAGAUGAUAAAAAAGGUAAAAUUUGGAAAUAAACCCUCCUCCUCCUGCAGCUUUUUCCUCUCCUCUGUCCUUAGCCCCUCACUCGGCCCCUCCUUGACCUUCUCUCAUGGUUCAUCAGACCACAGGUGAGCCGAGAAUAAGCUGCUAACCACCCCGCCAUCUCUCUGGCCUGAUCCCCGCCACUGCAGACUCCUUUCCUGGGAGAAGAGCAGGAGGCAGUCUGACAGACGGACCUUCAGUCAGCAGCAUAGCGACUUAAAUUCCAACCCUGUCUCACUUUGAAGUCGUCAAAAACUGGUGCUUGAUCAAUGACCUCCGGUGUCAAAUACCGAUGAAAGAGCAGUCCUUUCACGUCGGCAUGAUAUGCCGUCAGUCGCUGUUCUUCUGUAAUGGUGCCCAGCGGCAUCAGCUGGAAAUGCAGUGGGAAAAAAAUACAUCAGUAGGCAGUGUUGUUCAUACGUAGUGCUUUUUUUUUUUUUAAAGAGACUGUAUGCAAAGUGUACAUUUCCUGUGAAAACAGAAGUGUAUUUUAAAAACAGACAAUGCAUGUAACAGGCUGAAGUUGACACGGCGUCCCAGAACAUUAACAACCAACACACCCAGGGUACCUUGGACGUCAUAUAUGGACGUGGAAAGUUCAUGACCAAACGUGGACAUGUGACGAGGUCAGAAUGAGAAUGUGUUGCAAAUUCUGUCAGCACAAACCCCCCAGCACCGGGCAUCACAGCUGUCUGGUCACAGCAGUGUCAGGUCUAUCCUGUGUAAGGGCAGCAACAGAAAGUUUGCUGAUCCUGCAGGGAGUUGGGGCAGAGCGCUGCACUGGCUGGAUUCAGGUUGCUGCAGCUGCUUUCUAGGGGUCUGUGUCCAGAGCUGCUGCCUGCUCUCCUCCUGGCGAGGCAGUCUGUAGCAGCAGGGAGUGAGGCAGAGCAGACUGUGCUCUGAGGCUCUAGCUAACAUGAGCUACAUUUACAUGAACAUGAGCUCCAGUUAGCGGAAGGCUAAACUAUUUUUUCUCCAUCUCUGGAACACUUCGCUGUCAGACUCUCCUUUUGAAGUCCAUUUUCCUUUUUUGGGUUGCUUUGCAGUGCAGUUAGUUGUUGCCAGUGUUGGAACUUUCUCUGCAGGAUUCUCCGCCAUUAAACCAGACGUUCACCAUCUGAAGGGACGUUAACACACAUCUGCAUUUAUAGAACAGUCAGUAGGAACGCCCCCUCUCUGAAAUGCUAUUGGACAAAGUCUGUCUUCUAAAAUAAAGAAAAGCAUCCUCUAAAACCUGGAAGUGCCUACCCCAGCUUUGAGAAGGUUUUGGUAUAUCAGUAAAACAUGUUUCAUUGCAAAGAGCAUCAGUUUUAUCAUUUUAAAAUCAUGACGCAUCAGUUUUAUUGUAUCCAUAUGAUGACACUGAUUCAUCCAUAUAUCGCCCAUCCCUGCAGUACCUUGACAACAUGAGUCAGUAGUGGGUGAUGCAACAAACCAAUCAUUUAUGAAUGUUUUUGAAGGCUCUUCAGAAAGGUGCUUCAUGUGAGGAAUGAAGACAGAUCUCACUCAGAGAACAGCAACCGUCCAAUUAAAGCUACUCUGUCUUCGUCAGUUUUUCAUGACUGAUAUUAAGCCUGAGAGUGUAGCCCUGGGAUUUCUCUCUGAGAAUGUCCCCGUUUGGCCCUUAAUUAUUUUCCUCCUUGAAAACCCACCAGGAAAGUAUCAGAGGUCAUUGUUGCCUUGAAUAUUCAUCGUGCCGCGCCUAACUUUUUCAGUUUCAAAAGAUUCCUACCAGUUUAAUCAUCUUUCUCAUUGUGUUUUGAGGCGGGCGUUUGAGUGGGCUGAGCUCUUUUACUGGCACUGUGUGUUCCGUCAGGGCCGCUGACAGGAGAACAAUGUUUGUUUUCACCCAUCUUCUCCAAGAGCUGAGAUUAGAUUGCACAGUGAAGAAUGGGCCAGGUCUGCUCUUAGGUCUCUCUUUUUUUUUUUGCACCACAGCACAAUUUUCCCCCAGUAAAUUGGUCUGUGUUUGCUUCACUCUCUACACCAGCAAAACAACAUCUCCCCUGAAGCUAUAGGAUCUCAAUUCACUCUUUCCCCAAUGUUGCGCUCUCACAACUCCAAUGUUUCUGCUCCUACAUGGUUGCCUCUCUGUGAUCUUUGCUCUCAUUUCAUGCAGUCUGCUGCUUUGGGGAAACUUGCUUGGUUUUCCUUUGAAGAUCCUUUUUCGAAUUCCCCACCUCUCUUUAUGUUGUUUAACGGCAAACAUUUGCAAGAAUUAACGCUGCACAUGUUUAACACAUCGUCACCAUGAUGCUCAGAGCAGCUCAGAGCCACGCUUUGAAAAUAACCUUGUCAUUUUCCAUGUUCAUGUAAUUAUAACCUGUCUGUGAGCAGCGUUCAGUGACAGAUGAGUUUGUACAUCGAAAUGGCAUCAAGAAAUCACUCAACAAUGCAAUAAAGAGGUAAAUGUUUACAUAGAAGUGACGUUCUUUAGGAACAUGAGGUGGAAGCAGAUCGUCAUUAAGCAUGCUGCGACUGUUGUAAAGCUUUGUUCCACUGUUGCGAUAGCCACCUGUUCCCUGUUUUCCCUCAAGGUCUUGUUCAGUGUCACAGAUCGAGACCUUUCGCAGAUUGGCUUGUACCAACACCUUGAAAUCCUUCCUCAGCAAAUCCCCCAUGUGCUGUCCCAAAUGAAAUUAGAAUGCCCACCGCCGCCACCACAAUAUAGCUUAUUGUUUUUCCUCAGCAUUUCCCUCGGAAAGUCGCUAUUCAUUUUGGUGAAUGAUUCCGUGACCCGCGUGGAUCAGCUCCUCAGAGGGGAUCCUGUUUGAAUGGAUGCUGCUCGGAAACACAAUCUACAUUGUGCUGCGCGUGUGGUAUUCUUUAUGACGCACACCGUGGUGCCAGUUCAGCCUCGUAUUACCUGCUUAUGAGCUAUAAACACAUGAUGUCACCGCAGGGCAGUUAGCUGUUUUACAAGUGUAAUGGAUGGCUUUGAUACGCCUCGUGCCCAAGAAGAGCAAUCGUGUUGUGGGGCUGAUAUUUCUGGAGGAGAAAUUGCUGUCUGAUCUUUAUUUGAAAUAAGAUGCCAGACAAAACUAGCUGCACACUGCAGAUUUAUGGACAGAUUUACAUCUUGGGGAUAACAACAAAAGCUGCAUAAAUUCCUCAACUGGAUGUCAGCAAACUGCUGCGCGCAGCAUUCUUCUGCUAUUGGCAGCAUGUUUGGAAACCACAAUCCAUACUCUGGCCUUGAGUGAACAGUUAUACUGUACAUUUCACUUGAUACUAAAAGGAUGUUCUCUGCUCUUGUUGAGUCCUUACAGCUAAUAAAUGGCCAUCUUCGCUGUCCAUUUGUCAAGAAUUACACUAACUGCAGAUCUCUGCAAGGAAAAAGGCCAGGGGUUUGUGAAUCACUUGCAGGCAGGUAACUGUCUGAGUUUGUUUAAUUAUAUGGAGCUCCAAGCAAGUGAUGAAUGUGAAUAUGGUGUGUGGAUCCUGAGUUAUUUGAGCUGUCUUCCAGUGGAGCAUGUACAAAGUGCAUGAACAAAAAGAAUUUUUCAGUGGUUAAAACAACUCCUUUUAUACGUCAGGAUCUAUGAAUUAUUGUGCAGCUUCUGCUAAUGAAAUUGUACUGGGUUUGUACGUAGAAGCCUACCGAUACUACCUUACAACAGGUUCGGAGUUCACAUGUGCUGUAUAUUGUUCAGUGGAGCGAGUGUGUUAAGAUGUUGUUCCUGUGUCUGUUUUACUUUCCAUCGUUCUCUAAAUGGUACUGUAUUGUAAGAUGACAUAUAUUUUUUUACACGUAUCAUUUCAAAUGUUGUACUGUAUAUAUUGUAUUUAAAAUGAAAUUAGAUUAAACGAAUGAAUGCCGACUGUGUGGUGCAUUGACUGCAGAGACGGAGGGGAGUGUGAGGGAGCUCAAGAGGGCGCAAAAUAUUGAAUAUGUGUCUGCAGUGUCGAGGCUUGAAUAUUGGUUUGAACGCCUUGGGGAAACAAAGCACUAUUUACACGGCCUU